AUGACCAAAAAACAUAUACGUUUCCAACGACAGGUGAACGUGCUCGUUUGGAAGUCUUACCUACAGAGGCAACGAAGAUGGCCGAUCCUAUUGUUCGAGACGCUGUUCGCCGGAAUAUUCUUCGUGGCGUCGGUGUUCAUCGCCAAGCCUGUCUUCCUUGCGCCGAUAAUAGCGGAGCCGAGGCCACCUCUCGCGGCGAGCGACAUCUUGGCGUCGCUGCAGCACCGCAGCAUCCUCGGAUUUGCGCCCAACGUGUCACCAUUCGAUGUGAUCAUGAAAAGAACCGCAGACAUGCUUAAUACAGAAAUCAUUGCUGGCGAUUCCGAGGAUGAUCUGAACAAUAUACUGUACAGACGUUCAAGAGGCACGCCACUGAAUAACUCGGUGAUAUGGGUUAUUUGGAAAAAAAACGACAACAAUACAUGGAGAUUCAGCAUAAAGAGUACGGAGCAGGCUAGACUGGCCAUGAGUUCUGGCAACAGUUCCCUACCGAAUCAGCACAUGAGCAGCGGCUUCCUGGGUGUUCAGGUAGCAGUGAGCCAAGCCAUCCUGGAACACGUCUCCACAAAGCCACCCAAGUUUGACUUAAGCCUAAUGUCGAUGCCGAUUUCGCCGCUGAUGCGGCAGACGGCCGUGAAGCAAGCGAUCGCCGAGAUCCUGCUGUGCUUCACAGUGGCCCUUCUGCCGCCCGUGCUGGAAAUACAGGCGCUGGUGGUCACGGAAACAAUGUCACGGUAUAAGAGAGCCCUUCGUAUCCGCAACGUGUCAUUCUCUUCUAUAUACUUUGGCUGGCUGAUGUACGCCUACUUCACGGCGCUGCCGAUCUGCCUACUGGCCGGCAUAACCCUGAUCCUCAUAUUUCGUUGGAUCCACCUCCUGUUCGCCCUCAUCACAGUGCUCGCCUACAAGACCGUUUUGAUAAUGCUCGCUCUCAUAAUGGCUAUGUUCCACAAUAAAGCGUGGAUUGCCUGCACUUGGACCUUCCUUUUCACUUUAAUGCAGACAUUUUUAUCGGAGUUGUUAGUGCAUCAUAGGUUUAACAUUGAGAGCAAAGCUCUGACGUUUGUCCUGCAAGUAAUAUUGCCACCGUUAGGACUGGUCCACGCUUUCAAUGAGUUCGCUCUGCUUCAAACUAGACGUCUGACGUUCGCGGACAAAAGGGCAAAUAAUCAACAUGAAUUUUGGAGAGCGAGGACA